GUUUCUUUACUUAUUCAAGUUCAUCAAGACCUUUAAGUUUUUGUUAAUUUAAUCAGUUAAGUGUUUUAUAAUAAAGUAUAUUACAGACGCUAUAUUUUUUAAGAGUUACAAAUACAACUUAUAAUGAAGAGGCUGCUUUUAUAUCAUUUCCUAGAUAGAUUGGUGGUUUGUUUAAAUUAUCAAAUUAUCAAACGAAAGCUUUUUGAUAGAAAAAUCAUUCAGUACAUUAAAUUAGACUACAGAGGUACUGAAGAAAUAUUUCAGUAAAAAAAUGAAAAAUUCGAUAGCAAUGAAAUAAAUGAAUUCCCACGAAAUAAAUGAACAAAAUGAAUAGUAUUAAUAUCAAUGACCAAUUAACAACAAUUUCAGUGAAAGCAGAUUUCUUUCUUUUCAAACAAUAAGAUCGUCAGGGUCUUCCAGUCAACUUCAUAUCAGACUUAAUUUUAGUUUGAAUAAAUUUUGAGGUGAACGAACGUAGACUAUUUCAGACAUUAGGGAAAAAAUCGUUGCGCGAGAGGAAAAGCUUAAAAACAGGCAUUUCGAGACUGGCCUCGGUCUUAAAAACUAAAUCCGCGUUAUUUUGAACUAUGCAAGUUAUUUUCAACAACGACAGAAUCAGAGUGGAGAAAAGGAAGAGAAGCUGGCAGGUACAGUGACCCAGAAAGAAAUUAAUACACCAAACGAGCGACGACACAAGGGCUGCAGAGAGAAUUUUCGACGGUCAAAUGGACGCUGCAUAGAGAGGAGAAGCCUUUCUGUUCGUUCGAAAGACAGCCGCUGGUCCAGAAAAGUUGCAAUUUCCGAGCGAAUAGGCCGCUCAAUGGGUUGAAAAAGUCGAUUAACGAAGCUGACAAAGUGGUUGCUACGACCCUGCGACUCCUGACAUGUUCGUCCACCCUCGAGCAGCUAUUAAUAUUCCAAUUUAAUCGACGCUUCAUUUGGUUAUGUCCAUUACAAUCCUCUAGGUCUCUGAAGAUAACGCCUCAAAGAGGUAAACAGGGAUAUUUUAUUCGUAAUUAUGCUUGAAGAAUUUUAUGUUAUUAGACGAAAAUGGAUAAUUUAUUAAAUAAAUAAAUUUAUCAUGUGGAAGAAUUAUUCUAUUGGUAUCAUCAAAGAACUGAUCAACUUAAUAUUGUUAAUUUUAUUCGAAGUAUUUGAUGUUAUUGUGUGACGAUGGAAAAUUCGUUUUUUAAUGAAAUCAUCUUGUAAAUUCUAAAUUAUUAAAGAAUUAGCUGUACUCGAUUCUACUGACUAACGAGGAAAAUUUCUUGUUUAAAGAAAUCAUCUUGUAUCAAAAUGUCAUCGAGCAGUUGGUUCGAGAUUUAAUAAAGACUUAAUCCUAAUGACUGAGAAGAACGAUUCGUUGACAGGAAGAUUAAUUACUUGAAAUACUAUAAAAAAGUAGUAUUUUCCAUGUAUUUAAAUUCAAGUGGACCAUGUAUUCGUAUGUACUUCGAGGUCUUACGGAGCGACAUAGUUUGUGCUAACAUUGCGAAACAUAUUUUGAAUAAUAUCUAUAUCCCAACACCACUCUUAUUAUCAAUAAUAGCUGCCACAUUAAAUAUGAAAUAUAAGAAAUAAAAGAUCAAAAAAUUGAAGUAAUUGCGGAACGCCAAACCAUCAUAAAUCAUUCAAGAACAUUAGGAAAAUAACUUUUGCAAGUUGCAUCGUACGAGAGGAAAUAAUCGAUUAUUGUUUGUAGAAAAACAAAGCAUACAGGCUUCGUUUAAGACGGCUGGUUACAUAAUUUGGAGACAAUGGUUGACAUUAUUAUCGUCGGUGAGCAAAUUAGUUUCCUGAGAAGAUAAGUAUCACUGUCAUCAAAGGCGGUGCUAAGUAAACGAUUCGGCAAACGAUAACAUUCGGACGAGUUACAGUAAUUAUCUUCCGUGCAUCUGUGUUGUAGAAUAAUAUUUUUUCAACUAACAUCACGAACCAUCAGAAUUCUUCCAUUAUCUGUGGCUACGAUUGCGACAAAGAACCGAAUCCUUUUUUCAUGCACCUGUGCAAUAUCUGAUGCAUCUCAUUCCAUCUCCCCUUUUCAUGUAAUCACGUCGUGACUAUUUAUUCGACGGGCCAAAAGCGAGAGAAACAGUGUCGAGUGUCGAGAUAUCAGUGAAUAUGAAGUAUCUCCUCGUUUGCAGCGUGGUCGCUUUGCUGGGACUCUCUGUCCUUGGAGCUCCCUCGGAGUCUAGUUCCUCCAGUUCUGCCAGCCUUCACAGCGACCGAGAAAAACGCAGCCCCCAAGAUAACUCUCAAAAUUGCGGCCCACCACCGAAUGGAUCACCAUGCGGGCCACCUCCAGGAUCACCUCCAGGACCACCCCCAGGUAUGUCUCCUGACGAUAUGGCCCAAUCGGGGCACGCAAUGAUGUCUCAGUCUGGAUCCUCUGGAUUCGUGAAUGGAGAUAUGAAGAGAAGCAGAAGGGCUACUCGAGGAGGUGGAGACGGUGGUGGAGGAAGAGGGCGAGGAGGUGGUGAUAUGGGAGGUGGUAUGGGUGGUGGAUUUGGAGUUGGCAGGGGUGCUAACGUUGGUGCUGGAGGUCAACAUGGAGGUGGCAUGGAAUAAAUAAAUUCACGAACAUCAUAGCUUUAAGGUGAUAGAUAUAUGGAGUUCUAGAAAUGGUUAUGAAACUGCGGAUGUAGUGUAGAUUAGCACGUUGAAAUAAAUCAAUUGAUAAAAAAACAACUUGUCUUUGAAAUAUCAUCAACCAAA